AUGGAGAGCCAGAUCGAGAAUGCUAUCGAGAUAGCAUGGAACCCGCAGUCCGAUCAGGCUCUCAAGCAACAGGCCUUCUCCUUCCUCGCCAACCUGAGGUCCGACAGGCAAGGAUGGCAGGCCUGCGUUUCUCUGUUCGUCCGCGAUCCUCAGCCGACUGAGGUCAUCCGCGUCGUCUGCCUCGAGGUCAUUAACAACGCCAUCAUAAUCGAGUCCGACCCGGGCCAGCUGGCGGCACUAAAGGAUACCUUCCUCGACUACGUCAAGCGGAGCUACUCCACCAACCCGGACCAGCUCGACUCGCCCACCCUCCAGAACAAGCUGACACAGACCUUGACGUUCCUGUUUGUUCGGCUGUACAAGCAAGGAUGGGAGACCUUUAUGGACGAUUUCUUGUCCAUGACGAGUCUGCCCGGGAGCGACAGGAGGGACAACCCGGCCGGGUGCGUGCUGUACCUGCGUAUCCUGCUUGCCGUCCAUGACGAGAUAGCAGACCAGCUGCUCUCCCGCCAGCCGGACGAGGCCAACCGGAAUGUUGACCUGAAGGACCUUGUGAGGGAAAGGGACAUGCAGAAGGUUGUUCGCUCUUGGCAGGAGAUCCUGGCGCAGUACCAGGACCAGAAUGACAAGAUCAUCGAGAUGACCCUCAAGGUCCUGGGGAAGUGGGUGCAGUGGAUUGAUAUCACGCUGGUCAUCCAGCAGGACAUGAUCAACCUUCUGCUGCCUCUCAUCGGCCGGACCAAAGGCGACACGGACAAGGUCCGGGAUGCUGCUGUCGACGCCUACACAGAAAUCACCUCCAAGAAGAUGAAGCCCGCUGACAAGAUGGAACUGAUUGGUUUCCUCGGCCUCCAGCAGAUUGUCGCGGAGCUCGUCAACAGCCCACCGUUGAAUCAGUACAGGGGCACGCCCAAAUACGAUACUGACUUGGCCGAGGCUGUGGCGAAGCUCGUCAACGUGGUCAUGACGGACGUGGUCAAGGUGCUUGAAUCGUUCAGUGAGGAUUCCGCUCCCAAAGCCGAGCAGCACUUGCAUGAUUUCCUUCCCCUGCUCCUUCGGUUCUUCUCAGACGAGUUUGACGAGGUCUGCUCCUCCGUUAUCCCCUCCCUGACCGAUGUCCUCACCUUCUUCCGCAAGAUCAGCCCUCUGCCGCCUCGGUACUCGGAAUUGCUUCCAAACAUUCUGAAUGCUAUUAUCAUGAAGAUGAGGUACGACGAGACUGCGUCUUGGGGCCACGAGGAUGAGCAAACGGAUGAGGCAGAAUUCCAAGAACUUAGAAAACGGCUGCAAAACCUACAAAAGAGCGUGGCUGCUGUCGACCAGAAUCUCUACAUGGAGAUCCUGAGCAACCUCGUUGCGAACACGUUCCAGACGCUUGAUCAGCAGGGCUCCCAGAUGGACUGGAGAGACUUGGACCUGGCCUUGCAUGAGAUGUACCUGUUUGGUGAGCUUGCUCUGCCAAAUUCGGGGCUCGUUGGGAAGUCUCAGCCCAACAGUGCUGCCGCGGAGAGGCUCCUGGUGAUCAUGUCGAAGAUGGUAGAAUCAGAUAUCUCCAACUUUCCACACCCUGCGAUCCUUUUGCAGUACAUGGAGAUCUGCGUUCGAUAUGCUGUCUUCUUCGAGAACCGCCAGGAGUACAUACCACGAGUACUGGAAAACUUCGUCCGGCUGGUCCACCAUGACCACCUUCGAGUUCGCAUGAGAUCGUGGUACUUAUUCUACCGCCUGGUCAAGCAGCUGCGUGCCCAAGUGUCAGGCAUGACUGAAACAGUCAUCCAGUCUAUCAGCGAUUUGCUGUCGAUCAAGGCCGAAGUGCCUGGCGAUGAAGCCGAUGACGACAUGUCCUCCGACGAGUCUGACCACUCGGCGGAUGCCGCUUUCACCAACCAGUGCUACUUGUUCGAAGCCAUAGGAUGCAUCUCAUCAACCAACAGCACCCCAGUCGAACAGCAAGUACUGUACGCUCGAACAAUCAUGGAGCCCCUGUUUGCGGAUAUGCAACAGAACUUGCCAAGAGCAAAGUCUGGUGACACGCAGGCGAUUCUUCAAGUCCAUCACAUUAUAACAGCCCUGGGGAUAUUAGCCCAUGGGUUUGCUGACUCGUCGGCGGGCGGUAACGUGAACAAGCAGCCGCCACCACCCAAGGAGAUCUCUGAGGUUUUCUCUCGUGUGGCAGAGGCCAUUCUUGUGGCGCUCAAGGAAUUGAACACUAACCGUGAAAUCCGGACAGCCUGUCGCUCGGCUUUCUCUCGCCUCCUUGGCGCGCUUGGAGCGACCGUGCUGCCUCAGCUGCCGCAGUGGAUCGAGGGCUUGCUUUCUCAGAGCUCAUCGCACGACGAGAUGGCCAUGUUCCUGCGCCUGCUGGAGCAGAUCGUUUUCAACUUCAAGGGUGAAAUCUACGACAUCCUCAACAUGCUGCUGACACCAUUAUUGCAACGCAUCUUCGAGGGCCUGUCGCAGCCAGCCAGCGGUACUGAUGACGAGAUCCAACUCGGCGAGCUGAAAAGGGAAUAUCUUCACUUCAUCCAAAUCAUCCUUCAGCACGACCUGGGAGGAGUGCUCGUGAGCGAGACGAACCAGGGAUAUUUCGAGUCCCUCAUCUCUUCCAUCAUGACGCUUGCCAGAACGGUCUCUCACAACAACAUGUCAACUAGCAGACUGGCUUUUGGCCUCAUGAUAAAGAUGACGUCUGUCUGGGGUGGCCCGGACGUCGCUAGUAUUUCAAACAACCCGUCACCGCCCACAGGCUCCCCAGCACCCCUUAUCCCGGGCUUCGACGGUUUUGUCAUUGAACGCUUCCACCCCAUCUGCUGGGAGGUUCUGAGGGACCCACAGUUUAAUCCGUCGGACGCACAGACCCGACAGGUCAUGAAUGAGAUCGUCCAGCUGGAGCAAACCAUCUACGCCAAGACAGGCGACACCUUCAUCAGGCACCUGCAGUCAAGCCUGUUCCCGAGCCUGGGAAUUGACGGGAACGAGUUCUUGCAGUGUCUGUCGACGGACAAGAAAGCUUUCCUAAACUAUCUGACGAGGCUGAGUGGGAGCAAGUAG